AUGGGGAACCUUCAGGCAUGGCUUGAGGACGAAAAUGUGAUCGAAGACUUCAUAUUGAACCAAUUCGAAGCAGCUAUGACGCUGGCCUCGGACGACGCCCCCCUCCAAGCACAUGUCAUGUCCUACUACGCGAGAUUAAAGAUCCAGCAGUUCUGGCGGAACGGGCGCCUGGACGACCUGGCCGAGGCUAUCGAGAAGGGUUCGCAGGUCUUGACUAUCAUAGCUGAUCCAGAAUACGCAGAUAGAUUAGAUUGUCCGGGGCUGAUUCUUGGGAGCCGGUAUGAGCGAGCAGGGAGCGUGCAUGAUGUUGAAAAAGCGAUUCAAUUGUCACGGCAGGCGGUGGAGGGCCGUUUCGAGCGGACAGGGAGGAUGGAAGAUCUUGAAGAGGCUAUUCAAGUAGCACGAAAAGCCGUGGAGGUCACUCCGCCCGACGAGCCUAACCAAGUAGCCUGGCUGAACAGUCUCGGAUCCAAGCUGCAGAGCCGAUUUGUCACUCCGCCCGACCAUCCUGAUCUGGUAGCCACGCUGAACAAUCUCGGUAACAAACUCGUCCUGUCCCAGGCGCCCGAAAACGAGGAGGCUCUCGAACAUUUCCUCCACGCCUGGAAUUGUGCCAACGGCAUUCCCUUCCAUCGCCUGGCGGCGGCGGUCAAAGCCAUCGAUCUACUGAAACGACGCGCCCAAUGGACUCGCGCCACGCAGGUGGUCACCGGUGUUACCCGUCUCCUCCCGCUGGUCAACAAUCGCUCGCUGAGCCGGGACGACCAGCGCCAUGUUGUCGCACAGUUCUCUGGCAUCGCCUCCGACGUCGUUGCGCUGGUCCUGCAGAAUGAGGGAGACGCCUUUCACGCGCUAGAGCUGCUUGAGUUCGCUCGUGGAAGUAUCAUUGGGUUGUUAAUGGACGAUCUGUUGCGACACUUGGCCGCGGUCCGGGAGCUCGACCAGUGUAUCCACAACAUCCGCGACCAGCCGGGCCACCAACGUUUCCUGCUAGGGCCAACACAGGGAGAACUCCAAGAACGGGCCUCUGAUGGCCCGAUUAUAGUGGUCAACAUCUCCGACAUCAGGACCAUGGAGGCCUGGCACGGAGAAGGCCUAACUGUGUUCAUGCCAUAUGAGACACGCGAAGGUCGUGGUAAGAAGAACACGCGAUAUGUGCAGUUCCUUCGCUGGCUGUGGGAGAAAUGUGUGCGACAGAUCCUACAGGCGGUCCAUCACGGUGUCCAGCCCUCGUCAAACUGUCUGCCUCGUAUCUGGUGGAUCGGUGCCAUUUCCUCUUACACGCCGACCAUCAAAGCGCUCGCCCACACCCGUGCACGGCAGGCGAUACUCCACCAAGAUCGCACAGUCAAUCCUCAUAUGUUGAUGGUGUCGAUGCCGACGACCCCUGGAGCAAGUCCACUUUCUAGCGUGACGCAAGAGAUCAGUGCCAUCGAAGCCGCGACUGGUACCACCUUGUCACGCGAGCUGUUGGAGCACCCUGAUGCUCGAUCGGUGCUGGAGCGCAUUGCGCACUGUAAUAUAGUACAUUUUGCCGGUCAUGGGACCUCAGAUGCCCUAGACCCGUUCAACAGCAGCCUGUUAUUGCAACAUGGCCCGUCCGACGCGGCGACAGUCGACCCUCUGACUGUGCAACAGGUGUCGAAUGCAAAUCUCGGCCGAGCGUCGAUUGCUUAUCUAUCGGCGUGUUCGACUGCGGAGAAUCGCGCAGCCCGGAUGAUGGACGAGGUGAUCCAUUUGGCAAGUGGGUUCCAGGUAUCCGGGUUUGGUCACGUCGUGGCGGCGAUGUGGCCUUCCGUCGAUGAGGUAUGUGUGGACAUGGCAGUUGGCUUUUAUGAGCGUCUGGAGGGCGGCCUUGGAGGACGAGACGCAAAUCGCGCGGUGGCAGAGGCUGUUCAUGAGGCGACGAUGCGGGUUCGGUCGAGGUUUAGGAAAAUCCCACUCAGAUAG